AUGGAUGUUCACAAAAAUCACAACACUGUGACAGCUGUGACAGAGAGGACAGAGAAACAGAAACUUUUGAAAAGAAAUUCAAAGCAGAGAAUUCAGGAGAGAGAGAAGAAGCUUCAGGAGCUGAGACAGACUGUGGAUUCUCAUAAGCGCUCUGCACAGACAGCAGUGGAGGACAGUGAGAGGAUCUUUACUGAACUGAUCCGAUCCAUUGAGAGAAGACGAUCUGAGGUGACACAACUGAUCAGAGAUCAGGAAAAGACUGCAGUGAGUCAAGCUGAAGGAGUCAUGAAGCGUCUGGAGGAGGAGAUUGAUGAUCUGAAGAGGAGAGACGCUGAACUGAAGCAGUUUUUACAAACAGAUGAUGACAUUCAUUUCCUGCAGAGUUUCAAGUCUUUCUCUGUGACUUCUGGAUCUUCAGAUGUUUCCAGCAUUACUGUCAGUUCUCUUCUCACUUUUGAUGAUUUGGGAAAAUCUGUUUCUAAACUCAGAGAUAAACUGGAGGAUUUGUGUAAAGACGAGAUUAAACGUAUAUCUGACAGAGUAAAAUCCACUGAAAUUAUUUACAAAGAACCCACAACUAGAGAGGAUUUCCUAAAAUAUUCCAUUCUGCUGUCUCUGGAUCCAAACACAGUGAAUAAAAAUCUCCAGCUGUCUGAGAAGAACAUUGUGGCUACUUACAUUAAAACAGUCCAGAUGUAUCCUAAACAUCCAGACAGAUUUAGUCAUUUUAGUGAAGUUUUGUGUAGAGAGAGUUUGUGUGGACGCUGUUACUGGGAGGUUGAGAGGAGUGGUGGUGUUGGUAUAUCAGUGUCAUAUAAGAGCAUCAGCAGGAAGGGAGAGGGUAAAGAGUCUAAGUUUGGACGUAAUAAUCAGUCCUGGAGAUUGUACUGCUCUGACUCCAGCUGUACAUUCAGGCACAAUAACAAACGCACUGAUCUCCCUGUAGUGUUGAGCUCCUGUAGAAUAGGAGUGUAUGUGGAUCACAGUACAGGAUCUCUGUCCUUCUACAGCGUCUCUGAUACAAUGAACCUCAUACACAGAGUCAACACCACAUUCACUAAACCACUUUAUCCUGGAUUUUGGCUCAAUGAAAACUCAAACAUUAAACUCUGCAAUCUGACAAGAUAGAUACAGAGAUUUUACAGAUAAUAGUGUUUUAUCUUAGACCUACAUGAUUAUUUAGUAACAGUGAGAUGUUGAGUCUCUUGUUGUCUUAUAAACACUUGAACACAACUCCAUUUAACCAAUGAUUGAGUAUCAGUAUUUAUAACUCAACCAUUGCUUAAUAACCCAGUAUUUUUUUAGAUUGAUCUAAUGAUAGUUUUGGGAGUGGAGCAACAGUAAAUGUGAAACAUUUAAAAUUAACAAAGUUUAUUUUUGUGUCGGAUGAAGCAACAGUUUGUGUUUGUUCUGAUUUUAUUUUUGUGAUUACUCUUAUUGAUAUUUUAAGCAUGAAUUUUAUUUGGAUUCCCUUCUUCAUUUUUGUUAGAGGUUCUUUAAUUUUCUGCUUUUUAACUGAAUGUCUGCCACCAUUGUAUAGCUGUCAUCAUUCUGUAAUGUGUGUUUUGAAACUGUAUCUUUUUUCGCAUGAGA